UGUGGGCCAACAUGGAGUAUCUGCAGGUCCUGAAACGCGGGCUGCAGCAGAUCAGCGGCCAUGGGGGCCUCCGCGGCUACUUAAGAGUUUUCUUCAGGGCAAAUGAUGUGAGGGUCGGUACAUUAGUAGGGGAAGAUAAAUAUGGAAACAAAUACUAUGAAGACAACAAGCAGUUUUUUGGCACCGUUGGCUUCACUGUAUAACUGAUGAUCCGCCAACUACAAAGCCACCUAUUGCUCGUAAGUUCAUUUGGAUGAACCAUAGGUUCAACCAGUCCGGCACCCCAGAACAAUAUGUACCUUAUUCCACCACCAGAAAGAAGAUUCACGAGUGGGUCCCACCUUCAACACCUUACAAGUAAAGACAAUGAAAAACAAUUUAAAUAUGUAAAAAUAAAAGCAACUUUUC